GUGACGUGUUUGGGCUGUGUCAGAGAGAGGGACGUAAAGUAAUCGAGAGAGCUUUGGACACACUGACUACGUUAACUUAUACUUGGCCACUCUGCCGUUUGAGGAAUAUUUCCAUUUGUAUUACUAGUUUGCGUACAUUUCAAUAUCUAUGCCAUAAUUUCGGCUGGCAUUAACUGAUAAAACGUAUUUUCUGCCCGCGACAGUUGAGCUAAGUUAGCGACAGUUGGGCUAACUGAAGUCAGGAAACUAGCCGUGCGAGACUAAACAUUAGUAUGGUCAUAUUAAAUAUUGCCAAACAGGUAGUGCUAAUGUUGGCUAGGAGCUCCGGCUAGUUCUUGAAAUUACGGAGCAGUUUGCCCCCAUCCGACUUGCCGGCAGUGGAGUUAAUAACGAGGCGAGAGAAAGAUGUCUCGAAGGCGGCUGGACAACCGCAGUGGACUCUCCGCUGGACUGCUCGGAGAAAUUCAAACCCCUAUUAGUAUUGACUCAAUGGAGAGCGUGUAUGAAGUCACCGGAGAGAUUGGGAGAGGCAAGUUUGCUGUGGUCAAGAGAUGCGUGGAGAAGACCUCUGGGAAAGUGUUUGCUGCCAAGUUCCUACGAAAGAGGAGGAGAGGUCGCGACUGCCGGGCAGAGGUGGUCCAUGAGAUGGCAGUCCUGGAGAUGGCCCGCAAUAACACCCGGGUGGUCAACUUGCAUGCUGCACAUGAAACGGAUCAUGAUAUAAUAUUAAUACUGGAAUAUGCUGCAGGAGGGGAGAUAUUCGACCACUGUGUGUCUGAGGAGCUCCUGCCAGAAACUCAAAUCACACGUCUGAUCAGACAAACCCUCGAGGGAGUCCAUCACCUUCAUCAGUGCAGUGUGGUUCACUUGGAUUUAAAGCCCCAGAAUAUUCUCCUGACCAGCCUGUCCCCUCCAGGAGACAUAAAGAUUGUGGAUUUUGGCCUGGCACGCAGAUUGGGUGCAGCUGGAGAGCUCAGAGAGAUUCUUGGCACACCUGAGUAUGUGGCUCCAGAGGUACUUAACUAUGAGCCAAUAACAACAGCUACUGACCUUUGGAGCGUUGGGGUCAUAGCUUACAUGUUAGUGACAGGUGAGUCCCCUUUUGCUGGGGAUGACAAGCAGGAGACCUACCUAAAUGUAUCCCAAGUUAAUGUAGACUACAGCAGGGAGGCCUUCGCCAGAGUGUCCGAGCUCGCUGUUGACUUCAUCCGCAAGCUACUGGUGAAAACUCCAGAAGACCGGCCAAGUGCUGCAGAGUGUAUGAGUCACCCUUGGCUGUGGCAGCAACAGCAGCUCUGCCUGAGCCCGGAGUUCAUAGCAGUUCGCACCAUCCGCGAGAGGAGCUGCGGCACCAAGUGGGCAGCCCCACUCGAAGAUCCCGAAGACAAGGAGAACUUCCUGGAGUCACCUCACUCUCAAGCAAAGAAGUCUCGCUUUGACGAAGAGGCGCCUACUGCUGGAGGCAGUGACUUUUGAUCAAAGUAAAGCAGGGACAGCGAUUUCUUCUUGUGAGCUUUUAAAUAGUUUUAAGCUUCCAGAAAACCUGCCUGCCAACCACAGCUCAAGAGUACUUCUAAUAUGCUAAUCGACCCACUGUACCAUUGAUCAUUUAAACCAAAGAUAACAGCUACAUUUUGGGAUAUUUUGCUGUGUGGCCAGCGUAUAUAUUUAAAUUUGCGUGGGAAGUUUAACUUUAAUUUAAUUAAUUUAAUAAAACUUUAGUUUAAUGCUUUGAUGAGAUCUAUUUUGAAAAACGACACUAUAAAUGGGCUCACCUUUUGAUGCGAGCCAAUGUGUAGAUUGUAGGCAAAUCUGUGCAAUACUCGUAUUUAAAAUCUUUUGCUUAGGCUGUGCUUUUAAGUCACCACCCUCACACCCCUGACUUGCCCUUCAGCUAAAAUGUGUUGUAUCAAGACAAGCAUUGCUGCUGUCACAAAGUGAAUAUCACGUUCUUAUUUAUAAAAACUAGGAGCAGCAGCCUCGUAGCACUACAAGAAAGCUCAAUUUGCUCUCUUUAGGUUGGGAAAACAUGCUGCUGGACUUAAAGACUACACACAGGCACAGUACAUUCCUUUAAGUUAGCCUUUCACGUUGCUCUUAAACUUCCAAUUUCCUCAUGUACAGUACACAGAGGAUUCAAGUGUAGCCCAGGACAACAGAUUAUUUCACAAGUAACGACUCAAAGUCAACUGUGCCACACCUACAUUUACCCAAAUGUUUUCCUCUGCAAGAUCUAGUUCCUCUACAUUGAGCUGCUGCCAUUUCAGCACUUACUUCACAAACAUUCAAGUGGUAAAAGGGUAACUAUCCCUCAAAGCUUGUGUCUGUACUUGGUGUCUCUCACCAAAGCCAUCCAGUUAAAGCCACUGUUGUCCUCUUGGGUCAACGAUGCCUAAAGUGAUCUUUUUCUGUUGUUUUCAUCUCAGGGCGGCAUGCUGCUCACUUUCUGCUCUCCUCGUUUUGUAUUCUUAAAGUUUUUUCUUAUAGGCAUAUUAUUAUAAUUGUUAUUUAUGUGCUGGACUCAAAUUUAGUAUUUUAUACAAAUAAUGUGCUCAGAUGUCUUGAAAGGAAAUGUCAAGAUUAUGGAAGGAAAGUAAUUAAAAAAUGAGUAAGGUGUUAAAUAAACUGAGCUGUUGUUGAGAUGGUAAAGAGCAAUAAAUUGACAAAUUUGAGGAUUGUAGGAAAAGUUUGUUUUUAAAUGGUACUAGAAAGUAAAAGGAAUGUGGAAACUGAAAGAUGAUGAGGUUUUAGACAGGAGAAAUGGAUUUAAAUAAUCAGAAGGAACUAGCAAUGUCUGAGUCUGAGAGAAGCAUUGUAAAAAAAAAUAAUAAUAAUAAUAAAAAAAGUCGAAAAUAUGUGCCUGAUGAGAAAAGUCGGAAGGAAUUUAUAGUUGAUGUUUGGUCUAAUAAGUGCGACAGCAUUGCUGUUGAGUGUGACAUGAGGUGCUAUAUACAGAAUUUGCCAUCUUUUGUUUAGGUAAGACUUGACUGAAACAAAACCUCAGCUCCCUGAAGGUGCAGCUCUGAGAACUCCAAAUGCUCCUAGCAACAUUCCUCCUCAUAUGUCAAGGCUGCAGGCCGGAUAGGACUACAUUGUCUGUUCUUGUUGUCGUCACCAGCAGACACAAUGGACUUUGUGCAGGAGAUGGGCGUCUCCAGCCACGGCUGUGCUCUCAUCUCAAUGCCGUCACCAUCGAUAACUGGAAUUUCACAGCGCAAAAGAUUACAUUUGUAUCUCUGGGAAUUUAACCAGUCGUGUGACCAGACUCAGACUUGUUCAGUAAAACUGCUCAUUACAGUACAAAGAAUCUAUAAAGUAAUGGCUUUGACACAGACUGAACUUUUCUUUUCUGUGGUGUCAGAAUCUGAAAAAAAAAAAACUUUCGUGAAACUGGUUAAAUAUCGAGGGGGUAAUGUUAUUUGCAUUGUGUUGGUGACAAGGAAGUAACUUGACCUUAAAAAGGUCAAAUAAUUUGCCACUUGAGCAUGAGAUGCUGUAGAGCUCAGUUUGUUGUUUUGUACUGUCAUUUGGAGCAGCUAUCCACUGGCCUCUGUGUGAGCACUCAUUGUCUUAACAGGAGGUGCUUUCUGGCACUCGAUUUCAAGACGUGUAGAUGCUUUAGAUGCCACCCAACAUUCCUAUCAGCUAUCUUUAAGGCCAGUAACACUGAAUGAUACUGUAUAUUAGUCAAACCAGCUACAAGCACAAGCAAAUAAAUAUUUGAGAUGUACCUUUAUUUUGCAUUUUAUACAUGAUUUUUUUUAAAUGUAUGAUUCUUGAUAACAUUUGAAAUUGUUUAAAAAAAAAAAAGAUAUAACUUGUAUACUGAUCAACUGUAGGCUAAUAAGUAGGCAUCACAAAGCAAAAUGGAAAAGCUUAUUAAAGAUUGUAGGAAAUAUGGAAUGGUUUACUUUGUGGUCUGUUUUUUACUGAAGCAAUCCAGUACAUCAGUCUUUGACAUUAAUGUUUUAUUUCGUCCCACCGCAGCCACCUGCUCAUUCGCGAGAGCUGAUAAACAGUGGCAUGAUUUCACAGUAAUGAAGACACAUCAUCGGUGCCAGCUCAGUGCAAAUCAAAACCAAAAGGAAUGCUUAUGAAGUUACAUUCAGCACAGCAAUUAGCCAUCAAUACAGUGCAAAAAGGCUUUUAAAGCUUAAAUAAAGCUUAUAAACAAAAACAGUCACAAUGGUUGUCUUAUCUUAACAAGUCCCAAAGUUUGCAGAUAAACCAAAAGGCAUCAUUUUACCAACUGCUAAGUACACAGCAAUUAUAACAUAAUAUGCAACAGUUUGCUAGCUUGAGAAAACUAGCCUAACUACUUUUGAUUAUCAAUAACCAUUUGGGAUAACUUAUUUUAUUUAUUCUUUUUACUUUAAUGUCAAAGUUGCUGAGAUGCGAGUCCAAUCAAAAAUAAAGCAAAUGCACUCCCUUCACAACUAAGGUUUACAUUAGGGUAAGUGGAUACAUUGGACAGUUUUCAUUAUUUUUUUAACAGGGGGGAAUGGCUUAACUUUUUGGGAUAUGUCAAAAACGUCAAGACAUUUUUUCUUUUAUAAAAAAAAAACUACAGGACAGCAGUUUUUUUAAGUACAAACUAAUUAUCAAUGUAAAGAAUGUUAGGUAAAAUUGUGUUGACAUAUGUCGCAUGGUGGUAGUUAUAUAUCUAGAUUUCGGUUCGUCUCAUAAAAUGCAUUACGAUGUAGUUACAGGACUGACUACUCUGAUUUAAAAGAAGUCCAAUUCUGUGUGGUGUAAUUAAAGAAAUCCAUUUUUUCAACAAUCAACUUGGCAUAAUGCAUCAAUGGCCACAUCUAAUUAGACAGACCAUGACAUCAGCUAAGAAAUGCUAAACUUAAGAUUCACAUGUACAAAAGUAGCUUAGGGUAAGUGCAAGCAUUCAAAGAAUGUAUAAAGCUUCUCUGUUAAUAACAUUAAGUGAGAUUGAAAAUUGCAGCCAAUUUAAGUUAAUGAAUGUUAUGCCAAUUCUGUAUUACUACAAUUUCAAAUCAUAAACAUUAUCUCACAGAAAAUGCAAUUAACAUUAGAGGAUUACUGUUCUACAAUCAAAUGCAAAAUUUAAGAUUUUGUUUUUAAGCUAUUUAAGGUAAGACACCUACUGGUCGAUACCCAUCUUUCAAAUAUAAGUGAUUUCUCUCAGCACAACCAUGAGUAUCAUAUCAGCUCUAAAUGGACUAAGGAACAGAAAGUACAAUAGACCAGCAUCUACUGCUCCUCAUCAGUCCAAGUAAUUGCAGUUUUAUGGUUUAUUUUUUGCCAUUUUGAUGCAGCCUCAAAACUCCUGGAUUACCCUAAAGUGGUUCUCAAUGGAGGGUGGUUCGUCUUCAAAGUGCAACUUCUUACUGGGACAGGCCCCAAACUCUUCCAGCAUCUUGAUGAAGUAUCUGUGUUCACGACCAACCCAGGCCCGCAUGGGGUCACACACCUCAUAUGGCGUAACGUGGGCAUGAAUUGACACUCCGCUGGCAGCAAGCUCUCUUAGCACCUGUUUGUCUGUCACCCAGGUCUCCCCUCCCCCAGGAUGCCCCCCAUCCAGCCAGAACAUAUCUGAGAUCUGUUUAACAAAGUCUGACAUCUGUGGGUCUGCACGGGCUCCUGGUAGCUCAUACACCAUUUGGUUCAGAACCACACAGCCUUUGCUAAAACCCACCAAAGUCAAGGACAACCCAGGGGGGAUGCUGUCAGCUUCACCUUGGAGAUGAAGCUUGGCUCGCUUCAUGCCGUUGGUCAGCAGUGCUCUGUGGUGGUGAAAUGCUCCAAAGUCCGCUGAGAAUGGAGAGUGCUCCGGAGCACCAAACAUGUUGCUCUCCACAAAGUUGUGGUAGCAGCUGAAUUUGUGGAGAUACAUGGUGGACGCUCUCACCACCCAGAUGUGGCUGCUGGGGAAACGUCUGCCCAGUAUGAGGGUCACCUGCUCUAGACUCCAGGACAGCCACUGAGCUCCCUCAGGCUGCCGAGCCAUCUCCUCCUGGAAGUUCUGAAUAUCCCCAUGGAAAAAUACAACGUGCUUGUUGUUACUAGUCUUGGAUUCAGAACUGCUCUCUCCCUCCGUAUUAGGCCGCAGGAGCAAUAGGUCGUUCAGGCGAUUGGGAAUGUGGCCUGGAACACCCAGCAGAAUCUGUAGCUUCUUCCGUAGGAUGCCUGAGCCUUGCACCCCCUGAAGCUCACAGGCUGUUGUCGCCACCGUCGUCAUCGUUUCCGACUACAGCUAUCAAAGUGAACCCUAUCCUGACAGCCCGAACGACUGUCAUGGGGUUCUAAAAUAGAAACAUGUUCUCGAGUACCUUUGGCAAACACCUCGUGGCAUGUCUUCUCAAUGUUUCUGAGGCUCACAGACAAGACCUUGUGGAGACUGUGGCUAGAGCGGCUCUGUACAGCAGUGAAGGGGUUAAACGGAAGACGACCACAGUGCUGAACAUCUUUAAUGAUCAUGACUACAACCGCUCUGUCAUCACCAUUGUGUCCAGUAUUGACUCAAUCAGGGAGGCGGUCCUUUCCGCAUGUGAGAGGGCAUGUGAAGUUAUCGACAUGAGCACUCACAUAGGAGUCCAUCCAUGUAUGGGCGCCAUUGACCUCAUACCCAUUUACCCCCUCGGAGAGAAGGUUGGAGUGGAGGCCUGUGCUCAAGAGGCAAGGGCUGUGGCUCAGGGACUUACAGAGAGGGUGCAAGGCACCAGUGUCUUCCUCUUUGGUUGGGCAGACCAUCCUUUGCAGCGUGGGCUGGCAGAUAGGAGAAAGGAGAUGGGUUGGUUCAAGAAGAUGCCAGACUUGCAAUCUAUCAAGUCAGAUAUAGGGCCUCAACCACAAAAGCGAUAUGGUCUUACAGGUGUCGGAGCCAGUCCAUACGUCAUGAAUUGCAAUGUCACUAUAGACACUCAGGAUAUCACCAUAGGCCGUAGCAUUGCCAGAGCUAUCAGGGAGUCUACUACUGGAGGCCUGGCUGGAGUUCAGGUGUUGGCAUUGCCACAUGAAGGUGCUGUUGAAAUGGCAUGUAAUGUGGAAAGUGUGAGAGGACCACCAAAACUCCUAGAGGGCGAACCUUGGCCAUCUUUCAGCAUUGAUGGUCAGCCAUAUUGUCAUGUUCCAGCAUCACUCAUCACAUCCAGGGUUGCUGAGCUGGCAGGGAGGCAGGGGGUUGGCAUGAAGGGCACUGCCCUGGUGGGGUUUACCCCCUGCGAGUGCAGGGGCCUAGCAGAGUUUGCACUGUCGCAGGGCAUUGGCGAGUUCUGGAAAGAACAGCGCAAGAUCAACAUGUAAAAAAGAAUUUAUGCCAAAAGAAAUAAAUUCCUAAAUUUAAAAAAAGACAGCAUGAAUAGUCACAUUUGUAUUUCACCAAUAGGAGAUAAUCCUUUUUGCUCUCCACAUAUUAUUUUUUUAUCUUUGUGACCAAAGCCUGCCCAGACUAGAUGAAUAAGUACUGUUCACCAGUAUAGGAUACUCUCCUUCAUAUGUUGUCAUUGGCUGGUGUGUUCUCACUCUGCCAAAAUACUUAAUCUUAAAAUAAUCCCAAAAAAUAUAUAUUAUUAACACAGGGAUCAGCAGUCUUCUCAUGUAAAAUUUUGUAUUGACUAAUCUAAUGUUAUUAUAAUAUUCUAAUAAUAAAAUA